AGGCAUGCAGUACAUCCAGUCCCUGUUCUCGCCCUCGGCUGGGUCGGACCCGCGCUUCGCGGUCGGCACGCGGGUCAUAUGCCAGACGGCCGACGGCUGGCAGCCAGGGCGCGUGGUGGCCCUCUGGUGGCGGCACCCGGACUUCCCGCCCGACUUCUCGGCGCCCUACCAGGUGGAGCUCGAGUCCAACGGCACGCUGAUAUUCGUGCCGCAGGACACGGACCAGCUGUGCCGCAUGAGGGUGAUCCUGUGGUGGGAGAGGCUAUUUGAAGCAGGCAGCGCCACGGAGGCGGAGCUGCGCGAGGCCGCGGUCAGGGCGGGGCCCGGCGCCAUAGACGAGGCCAACCACGCGGGAGCCACCGCCCUGCUGGAGUGCGCGCGGCUCGGCCGAGGCGGCUGCGUCAGGGCGUUGCUGGAGCUCGGGGCCAACGCCAGCCUCGCCGACAGAGAAGGGCGGGCCCCCUUGCACCACGCCGUCAUGUUCCAGACGGACGACGCCGAGGUGGUCAGCGGCAUGGUGAGAUCGCUGCUCGCGCACAGGGCCGACCCGAACGCCCAGGACCAGGACCCGGACAAGGAUCCCGAGUACACAAGCAAGACGUUCGAUGAGCGAGAGAUGCACCGUUCAGCGCUGCACUACUGCGCGGCCGACGGCAACAUCGCCGCCGCGCGGUCGCUGCUCGAGGC